ACUAACAAAAUAAGCGUAAAAUUUCCAAUUUCAACAUUGCAAUGAAAUAGUAAUUCUACCCAGUAUUAAUUCUACUCUGAGCGCCAAAUGGAUGCGAAUGUGGUGGAGUGUGAAGCGGAGAGGGACCCUUGUGUCUGCAAAGCGGGUUCCGACCUGAGCGUGCUCACAGACGUGCAGAGGCAGUACGAGGAGAUGAUGGCGUUGCUGGAGAGGCGCGGGGGCUGCGACAAACUGCAGAAGCAAGUGGAACUGCUUCGCUCGUGGGUCGGCGACUUGGUGGGGCAGAACGCCCUGCUGGUGCGAGCCGUGGAAGACUUGGAGGCCGAGGCCACGGCCAAGCUGAUGGUCGAGCGAAGGAGGCACCUCGAGAUGUUGUGCGAGCUGCGCGCGGAGACGGCGUCGCUGCGCCGGCGCCUCGAGCGCAAGGACUCGGACAUUCGCGGGCUGGUGGAGGUGCUGCGCAGGCUCAGAGAGUUCGACUACUGCACCCUCAACGGGAUACACUUCUACGAGAUCACAGAGUCUGAUAUAUUCGGAUCGUUGGAUUGGCGAGAAAAGUUGGAGCAAGGCGACUGCCGGGAUUGGGAGCCCGUGAAGGAUUAUAACGUGGUGCUGCGGGACGAGCAGCGGAGACAUGAAGAGCGGCUGCAGCAGACAGAGGCUAGUCUUAAGUCUCUAAAGGUGGCGAACGUGGCGUUAUCUGAAGAAUUGAAGUCCAUGCGGCAGGUGUGCGCGGCGCUGGAGGAGCAAUGCAGGGCGGCGAGCACCAGGGCGCUGUUCAAGGACGACAUCAUCAGGGAAAUGCGGAGGCAACUGAAGCAGGCGAAGGCCAAGCUGAGAGAAGUGACAGAGAAGCCGCCGAGCCACAGAGAGUUGGUGAGCGGCGACCACGCGCGCGUGCGCGGCUACGAGUCCGUGACGGUGUCGUGCGUGCGCGCACAGCCGCGGCGCGCGCGCACGCCCGCCCCCGCCUGCACGCCGCCGCGCGCGCGCUCGGAAGACCGCCAGUCCAGGUUCGCUUCUCAGGAGUCUUUGAGGAGUCCAUCGAUGACGUCAAAGCCUGAGCUUAGUAGCGCCGCCCUGUCUCCGGACGGUGGAAGCUUGCAUUCCAUGGACGUUGCUAUUAUUGAGCAUUCGACGUCAGCCCCAAUUUUGGUCCCGGACGCGUCUUCAGCCGCCUUGCAGCAUUGCGUGAAGACUUCUUGUCCAAGAUUACGGGGAGCGCAGAUCAGCAGCAGUUCCAGACCCAAAGACGGUGGUGGAAAUCCAGAUAGCAGGGUUAAAACAGAGCCGACAGCGGUCAAAAUCGGAAACCCAAAGGAUAGCCACGGCGCGUCUAGCGUAGCGGGCAGCGGAGCGGAGAGCGGGCAGGACAGCGGGCAGUGCAGCGCGGUGACGCGGGCUCUGCAUUACCAUGACAAACUGAUGGCCACACUGCAAAUUUUAGAAAACAAAGAAGAAAUGAUUCGGGUGCAAGCGGACAGCUUGAGUUUGGCUGAGUCCAGGAUAGCGGCGCUCACGGCCACCGCCGCGGACCUUCGGCAAAAGCUGCAGGAUAAGACAGAUGAGAUGAGUUUGCUUCGAACAACGGAUGGUGGUAACACUUUGAAAAGCUGUGUGUCUGUAACAGCUUCUAUGGAGGAGCAGAGGCGGGUAGUGAGCACCUUGGAGGGCAAUCUGUCGGUAAUACAGGAACUCUAUAGGGAAUGCUUCUACGAGGCGGCUAAACAAGAACAGCUUAUAGAAAUGCUCAGAUCAGACAUCCUGGACGUGAGACAGAUGGACAAACAGAAAGACACACAGAUUCAGAAACUACAACAUUUGGUGCAUACGCAGAAAUGGUCAUUGGAGAGAUGUCAGGAUAUAGCGAUGGAGGUGGAUAACCUCAAGAUUGAGAUCUCGAACUUUCUGAAUAGCUCAAACAACGACUCGGGUAUGUGGGAGAGGGACUCGUCGCCUAGCCAGGGUGACGCCGCGGACGACCUGCGCGAGAUCUCUGCGCAGUUGCUACAACUCAGAGAUAUGCUCACUUCCGAAUGUACCUGUGGUCUGCUGGUAGAGAAUAUAAGACUGAAGGAAACCAACGACAAUAUGCAGUUACAAAUAGCGAGGCUGCAAGAUGCACUGUCAAAGAGAGAGGCUGAACUAGCUGAGAAGAUGAACGUGGAACAACGGCAACAAGAAGAUUCAGAUGAGAAGGGUCAUGAGAUACAAAUAGCUCAGUUAGAACAAGCACUUUCAGAGAAGGAGUCUGAGCUGGCGGAGAUGAAGAAUUCUGAACAAAAACAAAUUGAGGAAAUGGAGGCCAAGGAAAAAGAGCUGUUUACAAUCCGCGAACAACUGGAGCUGCUGCAAAAGAGUUCCAAAAAACAGGCCGAAGAGUGUGAGGAACUGAACAGGCAGCUGCAGCAGGUGGAAGUUUUGGUGACCGACAAGAGCGCUGAGUUGGCGACAGUGCAACGUCUCUACGAAGAGGAGCAGAGCAUGGUGCGGCAGCUAAAGGAGCAGCUGCAGCAGCGCGCUCAAGACCUCGCCGAGGAGAACGCCACAAUCCGCUCAGAAGUGUCCUCCCUGCGCGCGCAAGUGUCCCAGUGGAGCGCGCAGCUGGUGGCCGGCGAGCGCGGCGCGCGCGCACUGCGCGACCAGCUGCGGCGCGCGCGCGACCUUUGCCGCGACGUCGACCGCUCAUACCAAGCAAAAGCGCAGUGCGCAGAAGAGUUGCAGUGCCAGCUGGAGCAUGCGAGGGCGCGCGGUGCCGCGCUCUGUGAGGACGCGCGGCUCGUGCUCGACUCUGUGCGGCGGUGGGCGUCCUCCACCAGAAACAUACGCAGGGAACAAGAACAAAAGAUCAAAGAUCAAGAGGAGACAAUAGCAUCCCUCCGACAACGUCUCAACAACAAGCCUAUCGACAGAACAGUAUCUGCUUGUUGUUCCAACCACAUUCCCCGUCCGCGACCAAGUCAGACCUCUUUAGGUCUGCCCGCUAUACGCCUGGCGAGUUGUUCGCGGCUGUGUGAGGGAGCGAGAAGGGAGAGUGCGACAGAGACGGCGAGCGGUUCGUCGGCUCCUGCGCCGCCGCUGAGGAUGGGCAGGAGGAAGUCUGCUCAUGACGGGGUAAGGAACGACAAUGUUUAUCACGACUCAGGAGAUAUUUGGGCGAUACCUUCAAUACACCAAACGUUGUCUAAUAUAAUAACAAUAUCUUAA